AUGAUCCGAGUAACAUUGCUUCACAUUUUAUACCGGUACGGAUUUCGCAGCUUCCCGGGCUCACAAACGCCCUUAUCCGGGGACGGUUCUUCAUGCGGCGGUCCACUUUCUCCCACUUCAUCCCGCCCCAUUCUCCCUCCUUCCAUCACCCCGCCCCAUUCUCCCUCCUUCCAUAACCCCGCCAUAUUCUCCCGCUUUCCAUCAGCCCGCCCCAUUCUCCCGCUUUCCAUCAGCCAGCCCCAUUCUCCCGCUUUCCUUCACCCCGCCCCAUUCUCCCGCUUUCCAUCAACCUGCCCCCUUCUCCCGCUUUCCAUCACCCCGCCCCAUUCUCCCGCUUUCCAUCACCCCACCCCAUUUUCCCAUUUUCCAUCACCUCGCCCCAUUCUCCUUGCUUCCAUCACCCCGCCCCAAUCUCCCUCCUUCCAUCACCCCGUCCCAUUCUCCCGCUUUCCAUCUCCCCGCCCCAUUCUUCCGCUUCCCAUCAUCCCGUCCCAUUCCCCAGCUUUCCAUCACCCCUCCCCAUUCUCCCUCCUUCCAUCACCCCGCCCCAUUCUCCCGCUUUCCAUCACCCGCCCCAUUCUCUUGCUUUCCAUCACCUCGCCCCAUUCUCCCGCUUUCCAUCACCCCGCCCCAUUCUUCUGCUUUCCAUCACCCCGCCCCAUUCUCCCGCUUUCCAUCACCCCGCACCAUUCACCCGCUUUCCAUCACCCGCCCCAUCUCCCGCUUUCCAUCACCCCGCCCCAUUCUCCCGCUCUCCAUCACCCUGCCCCAUUCUCCCGCUUUUCAUCACCCCGCCCCAUUCUCCCGCUUUCCAACACCCCUCCCCAUUCUCCCGCUUUCCAUCACCCCGCCCCAUUCUCCCGCUUUCCAUCACCCCGCCCCAUUGUCCCGCUUUCCAUCACUCUGCCCCAUUCUCCCGCUUUCCAUCACCCCGCCCCUUUCUCCCGCUUUCCAUCACCCCGCCCCAUUCUCCCUCCUUCCAUCACCCUGGCUCAUUCUCCCUCCUUCCAUCACUCUGCCCCAUUCUCCCGCUUUCCAUCACCCCGCCCCAUUCUCCCGCUUUCCAUCACCCAGCCCCAUUCUCCCGCUUUCCAUCACCCCGCCCCAUUUUCCCGCUUUCCAUCACCCCGCCCGAUUCUCCCGCUUUCCAUCACCCCGCCCCAUUCUCCCGCUUUCCAUCACCCCGCCCCAUUCUCCCGCUUUCCAUCACCCCGCCCCAUUCUCCCUCCUUCCAUCACCCCGCCCCAUUCUCCCGCUUUCCAUCACCCCGCUCCAUUCUCCCUCCUUCCAUCACCCCGCCCAAUUCUCCCUCCUCCCAUCACCCUGCCCCAUUCUCCCACUUCCCAUAACCCCACCCCAUUCUCCCGCUUUCCAUCACCCCGCCACAUUCUCCCACUUUCCAUCACUCCGCCCGCUUCUCUCUCCUUCCAUCACCCUGCCCCAUUCUCCCGCUUUCCACCACCCCGCCCCAUUCUCCUGCUUUCCAUCACCCCGCCCCAUUCUCCCGCUUUCCAUCACCCCACCCCAUCCUCCCACCUUCUAUCACCCCGCCCCAUUCUCCCUCCUUCCAUCACCCCGCCCCAUUCUCCCGCUUUCCAUCACCUUGCCCCAUUCUCCCGCUUUCCAUCACCCCGCCCCGUUCUCCCGCUUUCCAUCACCCCGCCCAAUUCUACCGCUUUCCAUCACCCCGCCCCAUUCUCCCGCUUUCCAUCACCCCGCCCAAUUCUCCCGCUUUCCAUCACCCCGCCCCAUUCCCCUGCUUUCCAUCACCCCGCCCCAUUCUCCCGCUUUCCAUCACCCCACCCCAUCCUCCCACCUUCUAUCACCCCGCCCCAUUCUUCCUCCUUCCAUCACCCCGCCCCAUUCUCCCGCUUUCCAUCACCUUGCCCCAUUCCCCUGCUUUCUAUCACCCCGCCCCAUUCUCCCUCCUUCCAUCACCCCGCCCCGUUCUCACGCUUUCCAUCACCCCGCCCAAUUCUCCCGCUUUCCAUCACCCCGCCCCAUUCUCCUGCUUUCCAUCACCCCGCCCCAUUCUCCCUCUUUCCAUCACCCCGCCCCAUUCUCCCUCCUUCCAUCACCCCGCCCAAUUCUCCGCUUCCCAUAACCCCAGCCCAAUCUCCCGCUUUCCAUCACCCCGCCACAUUCUCCCACUUUCCAUCACCCCGCCCCAUUCUCCCUCCUUCCAUCACCCCGCCCCAUUCUCCCUCCUUCCAUCACCCCGCCCCAUUCUCCCGCUUUCCAUCUCCCCGCCCCAUUCUCCCACUUUCCAUAACCCUGCCCCAUUCUCCCGCUUUCCAUCACCCCACCCCAUUCUUCCGCUUCCCAUCAUCCCGCCCCAUUCCCCCGCUUUCCAUCACCCCGCCCCAUUCUUCUCCUCUCCAUCACCCCGCCCCAUUCUCCCGCUUUCCAUCACCCCACACCAUUCACCCGCUUUCCAUCACCCGCCCCAUCUCCCGCUUUCCAUCACCCCGCCCCAUUCUCCCGCUCUCCAUCAACCCGCCCCAUUCUCCCGCUUUUCAUCACCCCGCCCCAUUCUCCCGCUUUCCAACACCCCUCCCCAUUCUCCCGCUUUCCAUCAUCCCGCCCCAUUCUCCCGCUUUCCAUCACCCCGCCCCAUUGUCCCGCUUUCCAUCACUCCGCCCCAUUCUCCCACUUUCCAUCACCCCGCCCCAUUCUCCCGCUUUCCAUCACCCCGGCCCAUUCUCCCUCCUUCCAUCACCCUGCCUCAUUCUCCCUCCUUCCAUCACCCCGCCCAAUGCUCCUGCUUUCCAUCACCCUGCCCCAUUCUCCCGCUUUCCAUCACCCAGCCCCAUUUUCCCGCUUUCCAUCACCCCGCCCCAUUUUCCCGCUUUCCAUCACCCCGCCCCGUUCUCCCGCUUUCCAUCACCCUUCCCCAAUCCCCCGCUUUUCAUCACCCCGCCCCAUUCUCCCUCCUUCAAUCACCCCGCCCCAUUCUCCCGCUUUCCAUCACCCCGCCCCAUUCUUCCGCUUUCCAUCACCCCGCCCCAUUUUCCCGCUUUCCAUCACCCCGCCCCAAUCUCCCGCUUUCCAUCACCCUGCCCCAAUCUUCCGCUUUCCAUCACCCCGCCCCAUUCUCCCUUUUUCCAUCACCCCGCCCCAUUCUCCCGCUAUCCAUCACCCCGCCCCAUUCUCCCGCUUUCCAUCACCCCGCCCCAUUCUCCCGCUUUCCAUCACCCCGCCCCAUUCUCCCUCCUUCCAUCACCCCACCCCAUUCUCCCGCUUUCCAUCACCCCGCUCCAUUCUCCCUCCUUCCAUCACCCCGCCCAAUUCUCCCUCCUCCCAUCACCCUGCCCCAUUCUCCCGCUUCCCAUAACCCCACCCCAUUCUCCCGCUUUCCAUCACCCCGCCACAUUCUCCCACUUUCCAUCACUCCGCCCGCUUCUCUCUCCUUCCAUCACCCUGCCCCAUUCUCCCGCUUUCCACCACCCCGCCCCAUUCUCCUGCUUUCCAUCACCCCGCCCCAUUCUCCCGCUUUCCAUCACCCCACCCCAUCCUCCCACCUUCUAUCACCCCGCCCCAUUCUUCCUCCUUCCAUCACCCCGCCCCAUUCUCCCGCUUUCCAUCACCUUGCCCCAUUCUCCCGCUUUCCAUCACCCCGCCCCGUUCUCCCGCUUUCCAUCACCCCGCCCAAUUCUACCGCUUUCCAUCACCCCGCCCCAUUCUCCCGCUUUCCAUCACCCCGCCCAAUUCUCCCGCUUUCCAUCACCCCGCCCCAUUCCCCUGCUUUCCAUCACCCCGCCCCAUUCUCCCGCUUUCCAUCACCCCGCCCCCCCAAUCUCCCGCUUUCCAUCACCCCGCCACAUUCUCCCACUUUCCAUCACCCCGCCCCAUUCUCCCUCCUUCCAUCACCCCGCCCCAUUCUCCCUCCUUCCAUCACCCCGCCCCAUUCUCCCGCUUUCCAUCUCCCCGCCCCAUUCUCCCACUUUCCAUAACCCUGCCCCAUUCUCCCGCUUUCCAUCACCCCACCCCAUUCUUCCGCUUCCCAUCAUCCCGCCCCAUUCCCCCGCUUUCCAUCACCCCGCCCCAUUCUUCUCCUCUCCAUCACCCCGCCCCAUUCUCCCGCUUUCCAUCACCCCACACCAUUCACCCGCUUUCCAUCACCCCGCCCCAUCUCCCGCUUUCCAUCACCCCGCCCCAUUCUCCCGCUCUCCAUCAACCCGCCCCAUUCUCCCGCUUUUCAUCACCCCGCCCCAUUCUCCCGCUUUCCAACACCCCUCCCCAUUCUCCCGCUUUCCAUCAUCCCGCCCCAUUCUCCCGCUUUCCAUCACCCCGCCCCAUUGUCCCGCUUUCCAUCACUCCGCCCCAUUCUCCCACUUUCCAUCACCCCGCCCCAUUCUCCCGCUUUCCAUCACCCCGGCCCAUUCUCCCUCCUUCCAUCACCCUGCCUCAUUCUCCCUCCUUCCAUCACCCCGCCCAAUGCUCCUGCUUUCCAUCACCCUGCCCCAUUCUCCCGCUUUCCAUCACCCAGCCCCAUUUUCCCGCUUUCCAUCACCCCGCCCCAUUUUCCCGCUUUCCAUCACUCCGCCCCGUUCUCCCGCUUUCCAUCACCCUUCCCCAAUCCCCCGCUUUUCAUCACCCCGCCCCAUUCUCCCUCCUUCCAUCACCCCGCCCCAUUCUCCCGCUUUCCAUCAACCCGCCCCAUUCUUCCGCUUUCCAUCACCCCGCCCCAUUUUCCCGCUUUCCAUCACCCCGCCCCAAUCUCCCGCUUUCCAUCACCCUGCCCCAAUCUUCCGCUUUCCAUCACCCCGCCCCAUUCUCCCUUUUUCCAUCACCCCGCCCCAUUCUCCCGCUAUCCAUCACCCCGCCCCAUUCUCCCGCUUUCCAUCACCCCGCCCCAUUCUCCCGCUUUCCAUCACCCCGCCCCAUUCUCCCGCUUUCCAUCACCCCGCCCCAUUCUCCCGCUUUCCAUCACCCCGCCCCAUUCUCCCGCUUCCCAUAACCCCACCCCAUUCUCCCACUUUCCAUCACCCCGCCACAUUCUCCGGCUUUCCAUCACCCCGUCCCAUUCUCCUUCCUUCCAUCACCCCGCCCCAUUCUCCCUCCUUCCAUCACCCCGCCCCAUUCUCCCGCUUUCCAUCAGCCCGCCCCAUUCUCCCACUUUCCAUCACCCCGCCCCAUUCUCCCGCUUUCCAUCACUCCGCCCCAUUCUCCCGCUUUCCAUCACCCCGCCCCAUUCUCCCGCUUUCCAUCACCCCGCCCCCUUCUCCCUCCUUCCAUCACCCCGCCCCAUUCUCCCUCCUUCCAUCACCCCGACCCAUUCUCCCGCUUUCCAUCAGCCCGCCCCAUUCUCCCGCUUUCCAUCACCCCUCCCCUUUCUCCCGCUUUCCAUCUCCCCGCCCCAUUCUCCCGCUUUCCAUCACCCCGCCCCAUUCUCCCGCUUUCCAUCACCCCGCCCCAUUCUCCCUCAUUCCAUCACCCCGCCCCAUUCUCCCGCUUUCCAUCACCCCGCCCCAUUCUCCCGCUUCCCAUAAUCCCACCCCAUUCUCCCGCUUUCCAUCACCCCGCCACAUUUUCCCACUUUCCAUCACCCCGCCCCCUUCUCCCUCCUUCCAUCACCCCGCCCCAUUCUCCCUCCUUCCAUCACCCCGCCCCAUUCUCCCGCUUUCCAUCAGCCCGCCCCAUUCUCCCGCUUUCCAUCAUCCCGCCCCUUUCUUCCGCUUUCCAUCUCCCCGCCCCGUUCUCCUGCUUUCCAUCACCCCGCCCCAUUCUCCCGCUUUCCAUCACCCCGCCCCAUUCUUCCGCUUCCCAUCAUCCCGCCCCAUUCCACCGCUUUCCAUCACCCCUCCCCAUUCUCCCUCCUUCCAUCACCCCGCCCCAUUCUUCCGCUUUCCAUCACCCGCCCCAUUCUCCCGCUUUCCAUCACCUCGCCCCAUUCUCCCGCUUUCCAUCACCCCGCCCCAUUCUUAUGCUUUCCAUCACCCCGCCCCAUUCUCCCGCUUUCCAUCACCCCGCCCCAUUCUCCCUCCUUCCAUCACCCCGCCCCAUUCUCCCUCCUUCCAUCACCCCGCCCCAUUCUCCCGCUUUCCAUCACCCCGCCACAUUCUCCCGCUUUCUAUCACCCCGCCCCAUUCUCCCUCCUUCUAUCACCCCGCCCCAUUCUCCCGCUUUCCACCACCUCGCCCCAUUCUCCCGAUUUCCAUCACCCCGCCCCAUUCUUCCGCUUUCCAUCAUCCCGCCCCAUUCUCCCUCCUUCCAUCACCCCGCCCCAUUCUCCCGCUUUCCAUCACUCCGCCCCAUUCUCCCUCCUUCCAUCACUCCGCCCCAUUCUCCCUCCUUCCAUCACCCCGCCCCAUUCUCCCGCUUUCCAUCACCCCGCCCCAAUCUUCUGCUUCCCAUAACCCCACCCCAUUUUCCCGCUUUCCAUCACCCCGCCACAUUCUCCCACAUUCCAUCACCCCGCCCCCUUCUCUCUCCUUCCAUCACCCCGCCCCAUUCUCCCUCCUUCCAUCACCCCGCCCCAUUCUCCCGCUUUCCAUCAGCCCGCCCCAUUCUCCCGCUUUCCAUCACCCCUCCCCUUUCUCCCGCUUUCCAUCUCCCCGCCCCAUUCUCCCGCUUUCCAUCACCCCGCCCCAUUCUCCCGCUUUCCAUCACCCCGCCCCAUUCUUCCGCUUCCCAUCAUCCCGCCCCAUUCCCCCGCUUUCCAUCACCGCUCCCCAUUCUUCCUCCUUCCAUCACCCUACCCCAUUCUCUCCCUUUCCAUCACCCCGCCCCAUUCUCCCGCUUUCCAUCACGCCGCCCCAUUCUCCCGCUUUCUAUCACCCCGCCCCAUUCUCCCUCCUUCCAUCACCCCGCCCCAUUCUCCCGCUUUCCAUCACCCCGCCCCAUUCUCCUUUCUUCCAUCACUCCGCCCCAUUCUCCCACUUUCCAUCACCCCGCCCCAUUCUCCCGCUUUCCAUCACCCCGGCCCAUUCUCCCUCCUUCCAUCACCCUGCCUCAUUCUCCCUCCUUCCAUCACCCCGCCCAAUGCUCCUGCUUUCCAUCACCCUGCCCCAUUCUCCCGCUUUCCAUCACCCAGCCCCAUUUUCCCGCUUUCCAUCACCCCGCCCCAUUUUCCCGCUUUCCAUCACCCCGCCCCGUUCUCCCGCUUUCCAUCACCCUUCCCCAAUCCCCCGCUUUUCAUCACCCCGCCCCAUUCUCCCUCCUUCCAUCACCCCGCCCCAUUCUCCCGCUUUCCAUCAACCCGCCCCAUUCUUCCGCUUUCCAUCACCCCGCCCCAUUUUCCCGCUUUCCAUCACCCCGCCCCAAUCUCCCGCUUUCCAUCACCCUGCCCCAAUCUUCCGCUUUCCAUCACCCCGCCCCAUUCUCCCUUUUUCCAUCACCCCGCCCCAUUCUCCCGCUAUCCAUCACCCCGCCCCAUUCUCCCGCUUUCCAUCACCCCGCCCCAUUCUCCCGCUUUCCAUCACCCCGCCCCAUUCUCCCGCUUUCCAUCACCCCGCCCCAUUCUCCCGCUUUCCAUCACCCCGCCCCAUUCUCCCGCUUCCCAUAACCCCACCCCAUUCUCCCACUUUCCAUCACCCCGCCACAUUCUCCGGCUUUCCAUCACCCCGUCCCAUUCUCCUUCCUUCCAUCACCCCGCCCCAUUCUCCCUCCUUCCAUCACCCCGCCCCAUUCUCCCGCUUUCCAUCAGCCCGCCCCAUUCUCCCACUUUCCAUCACCCCGCCCCAUUCUCCCGCUUUCCAUCACUCCGCCCCAUUCUCCCGCUUUCCAUCACCCCGCCCCAUUCUCCCGCUUUCCAUCACCCCGCCCCCUUCUCCCUCCUUCCAUCACCCCGCCCCAUUCUCCCUCCUUCCAUCACCCCGACCCAUUCUCCCGCUUUCCAUCAGCCCGCCCCAUUCUCCCGCUUUCCAUCACCCCUCCCCUUUCUCCCGCUUUCCAUCUCCCCGCCCCAUUCUCCCGCUUUCCAUCACCCCGCCCCAUUCUCCCGCUUUCCAUCACCCCGCCCCAUUCUCCCUCAUUCCAUCACCCCGCCCCAUUCUCCCGCUUUCCAUCACCCCGCCCCAUUCUCCCGCUUCCCAUAAUCCCACCCCAUUCUCCCGCUUUCCAUCACCCCGCCACAUUUUCCCACUUUCCAUCACCCCGCCCCCUUCUCCCUCCUUCCAUCACCCCGCCCCAUUCUCCCUCCUUCCAUCACCCCGCCCCAUUCUCCCGCUUUCCAUCAGCCCGCCCCAUUCUCCCGCUUUCCAUCAUCCCGCCCCUUUCUCCCGCUUUCCAUCUCCCCGCCCCGUUCUCCUGCUUUCCAUCACCCCGCCCCAUUCUCCCGCUUUCCAUCACCCCGCCCCAUUCUUCCGCUUCCCAUCAUCCCGCCCCAUUCCACCGCUUUCCAUCACCCCUCCCCAUUCUCCCUCCUUCCAUCACCCCGCCCCAUUCUUCCGCUUUCCAUCACCCGCCCCAUUCUCCCGCUUUCCAUCACCUCGCCCCAUUCUCCCGCUUUCCAUCACCCCGCCCCAUUCUUAUGCUUUCCAUCACCCCGCCCCAUUCUCCCGCUUUCCAUCACCCCGCCCCAUUCUCCCUCCUUCCAUCACCCCGCCCCAUUCUCCCUCCUUCCAUCACCCCGCCCCAUUCUCCCGCUUUCCAUCACCCCGCCACAUUCUCCCGCUUUCUAUCACCCCGCCCCAUUCUCCCUCCUUCUAUCACCCCGCCCCAUUCUCCCGCUUUCCACCACCUCGCCCCAUUCUCCCGAUUUCCAUCACCCCGCCCCAUUCUUCCGCUUUCCAUCAUCCCGCCCCAUUCUCCCUCCUUCCAUCACCCCGCCCCAUUCUCCCGCUUUCCAUCACUCCGCCCCAUUCUCCCUCCUUCCAUCACUCCGCCCCAUUCUCCCUCCUUCCAUCACCCCGCCCCAUUCUCCCGCUUUCCAUCACCCCGCCCCAAUCUUCUGCUUCCCAUAACCCCACCCCAUUUUCCCGCUUUCCAUCACCCCGCCACAUUCUCCCACAUUCCAUCACCCCGCCCCCUUCUCUCUCCUUCCAUCACCCCGCCCCAUUCUCCCUCCUUCCAUCACCCCGCCCCAUUCUCCCGCUUUCCAUCAGCCCGCCCCAUUCUCCCGCUUUCCAUCACCCCUCCCCUUUCUCCCGCUUUCCAUCUCCCCGCCCCAUUCUCCCGCUUUCCAUCACCCCGCCCCAUUCUCCCGCUUUCCAUCACCCCGCCCCAUUCUUCCGCUUCCCAUCAUCCCGCCCCAUUCCCCCGCUUUCCAUCACCGCUCCCCAUUCUUCCUCCUUCCAUCACCCUACCCCAUUCUCUCCCUUUCCAUCACCCCGCCCCAUUCUCCCGCUUUCCAUCACGCCGCCCCAUUCUCCCGCUUUCUAUCACCCCGCCCCAUUCUCCCUCCUUCCAUCACCCCGCCCCAUUCUCCCGCUUUCCAUCACCCCGCCCCAUUCUCCUUUCUUCCAUCACCCCGCCCCAUUCUCCCUCAUUCCAUUACCCCGCCCCAUUCUCCCGCUUUCCAUCACCCCGCCCCAUUCUCCCGCUUCCCAUAACCCCACCCCAUUCUCCCACUUUCCAUCACCACGGCCCCUUCUCUCUCCUUCCAUCACCCCGCCCCAUUCUCCUUCCUUCCAUCACCCCGCCCCAUUCUCCCGCUUUCCAUCAGCCCGCCCCAUUCUCCCGCUUUCCAUCACCCCGCUUCUUUCUCCCGCUUUCCAUCUCCCCGCCCCAUUCUCCCGCUUUCCAUCACCCUGCCCCAUUCUCCCGCUUUCCAUCACCCCGCCCCAUUCUUCCACUUCCCAUCAUCCCGCCCCAUUCCUCCACUUUCCAUCACCCCUCCCCAUUCUCCCUCCUUCCAUCACCCCGCCCCAUUCUUCCGCUUUCCAUCACCCGCCCCAUUCUCCCGCUUUCCAUCACCUCGCCCCAUUCUCCCGCUUUCCAUCACCCCGCCCCAUUCUUUUGCUUUCCAUCACCCCGCCCCAUUCUCCUUCCUUCCAUCACCCCGCCCCAUUCUCCCACUUUCCAUCACGCCGCCCCCUUCUCCCUCCUUCCAUCACCCCGCCCCAUUCUCCCUCCUUCCAUCACCCCGCCCCAUUCUCCCGCUUUCCAUCAGCCCGCCCCUUUCUCCCGCUUUCCAUCUCCCUGCCCCAUUCUCCCCCUUUCCAUCAACCCGCCCCAUUCUCCCGCUUUCCAUCACCCUUGCCCAUUCUCCCGCUUCCCAUCAUCCCGCCCCAUUCCCCCGCUUUCCAUCACCCCUCCCCAUUCUCCCUCCUUCUAUCACCCCGCCCCAUUCUCCCGCUUUCCAUUACCCGCCCCAUUCUCCCGCUUUCCAUCACCUCGCCCCAUCUCCCGCUUUCCAUCACCCCGCCCUAUUCUUCUGCUUUCCAUCACCCCAACCUAUUCUCCUGCUUUCCAUCACCCCGCCCCAUUCACCCGCUUUCCAUCACCCGCCCCAUUCUCCUGCUUUCCAUCACCCCGCCCCAUUCUCCCGCUUUUCAUCACCCC